AUGUGGGGUGCAGGAGUGAGACGAACAGCGUUACUGGGGGUAAACUGGGAUCAGAGCCGAGAGAUUACACCUAAAUGCGUGGGGUGCAGGAGUGAGACGAACCUUGGCGUUGCUGGGGUAAACUGGGAUCAGAGCGGGAGAUUACCUAAAUACGGUGCAGGAGUGAGACAGACAGCGUUGCUGGGGUUAACUGGGAUCAGAGCCAGAGAUUACCUAAAUACGUGGGGUGCAGGAGUGAGACAGACAGCGUUGCUGGGGUAAACUGGGAUCAGAGUCGGGGAUUACCUAAAUACGUUGGGUGCAGGAGUGAGACAGACAGUGUUGCUGGGGUAAACUGGGAUCAGAGCCAGAGAUUACCUAAAUACGUGGGGUGCAGGAGUGAGACAGACAGCGUUGCUGGGGUAAACUGGGAUCAGAGACGGAGAUUACCUAAAUACGUGGGGUGCAGGAGUGAGACAGACAGCGUUGCUGGGGGUAAACUGGGAUCAGAGCCGGAGAUUACCUAAAUACACGGGGUGCAGGAGUGAGACAGACAGCGUUCCUGGGGUAAACUGGGAUCAGAGCCAGAGAUUACCUAAAUACGUGGGGUGCAGGAGUGAGACAGACAGCGUUUCUGGGGUUACCUGGGAUCAGAGCCAGAGAUUACCUAAAUACGUGGGGUGCAGGAGUGAGAGAGACAGCGUUGCUGGGGUAAACUGGGAUCAGAGCCGGAGAUUACCUAAAUACGUGGGGUGCAGGAGUGAGACAGACAGCGUUGCUGGGGUAAACUGGGAUCAGAGCCAGAGAUUACCUAAAUACGUGGGGUGCAGGAGUGAGACAGACAGCGUUGCUGGGGUAAACUGGGAUCAAAACCAGAGAUUACCUAAAUACGUGGGGUGCAGGAGUGAGACAGACAGCGUUGCUGGGGGUAAACUGGGAUCAGAGCCGGAGAUUACCUAAAUACGUGGGGUGCAGGAGUGAGGCAGACAGCGUUGCUGGGGUAAACUGGGAUCAGAGCCGGAGAUUACCUAAAUACGUGGGGUGCAGGAGUGAGACAGACAGCGUUGCUGGGGUAAACUGGGAUCAGAGCCGGAGAUUACCUAAAUACGCGGGGUGCAGGAGUGAGACAGACAGCGUUCCUGGGGUAAACUGGGAUCAGAGACGGAGAUUACCUAAAUACGUGGGGUGCAGGAGUGAGACAGACAGCGUUGCUGGGGUAAACUGGGAUCAGAGACGGAGAUUACCUAAAUACGUGGGGUGCAGGAGUGAGACAGACAGCGUUGCUGGGGUAAACUGGGAUCAGAGCCGGAGAUUACCUAAAUACGUGGGGUGCAGGAGUGAGACAGACAGCGUUGCUGGGGUAAACUGGGAUCAGAGCCGGAGAUUACCUAAAUAUGUGGGGUGCAGGAGUGAGACAGACAGCGUUCCUGGGGGUAAACUGGGAUCAGAGCCAGAGAUUACCUAAAUACGUGGGGUGCAGGAGUGAGACAGACAGCGUUGCUGGGGUUAACUGGGAUCAGAGCCAGAGAUUACCUAAAUACGUUGGGUGCAGGAGUGAGACAGACAGCGUUGCUGGGGUAAACUGGGAUCAGAGUCGGGGAUUACCUAAAUACGUGGGGUGCAGGAGUGAGACAGACAGUGUUGCUGGGGUAAACUGGGAUCAGAGCCAGAGAUUACCUAAAUACGUGGGGUGCAGGAGUGAGACAGACAGCGUUGCUGGGGUUAACUGGGAUCAGAGCCAGAGAUUACCUAAAUACGUGGGGUGCAGGAGUGAGACAGACAGCGUUGCUGGGGUAAACUGGGAUCAGAGACGGAGAUUACCUAAAUACGUGGGGUGCAGGAGUGAGACAGACAGCGUUGCUGGGGGUAAACUGGGAUCAGAGCCGGAGAUUACCUAAAUACACGGGGUGCAGGAGUGAGACAGACAGCGUUCCUGGGGUAAACUGGGAUCAGAGCCAGAGAUUACCUAAAUACGCGGGGUGCAGGAGUGAGACAGACAGCGUUGCUGGGGUUAACUGGGAUCAGAGCCAGAGAUUACCUAAAUACGUGGGGUGCAGGAGUGAGACAGACAGCGUUGCUGGGGUAAACUGGGAUCAGAGCCGGAGAUUACCUAAAUACGUGGGGUGCAGGAGUGAGACAGACAGCGUUGCUGGGGUAAACUGGGAUCAGAGCCGGAGAUUACCUAAAUACGUGGGGUGCAGGAGUGAGACAGACAGCGUUGCUGGGGUAAACUGGGAUCAGAGAUUACCGGUGGGGUGCAGGAGUGAGACAGACAGCGUUGCUGGGGGUAAACUGGGAUCAGAGCCGGAGAUUACCUAAAUACGUGGGGUGCAGGAGUGAGACAGACAGCGUUUCUGGGGUUACCUGGGAUCAGAGCCAGAGAUUACCUAAAUACGUGGGGUGCAGGAGUGAGAGAGACAGCGUUGCUGGGGUAAACUGGGAUCAGAGCCGGAGAUUACCUAAAUACGUGGGGUGCAGGAGUGAGACAGACAGCGUUGCUGGGGUAAACUGGGAUCAGAGCCAGAGAUUACCUAAAUACGUGGGGUGCAGGAGUGAGACAGACAGCGUUGCUGGGGUAAACUGGGAUCAGAGCCAGAGAUUUCAAAUUUAGGGCCAAAGUGGCUGAGCUGAAGUUGAUUUUUUUUUUGUGAGACUACAAUGAGAAGGAAAGAUCACCUGUGCGUGUGGGACGUCCUGUUCCUAAACACUUACCAUAAUGUCCCUCAGUUGAGAUAGUAAACGUUGCAUCAUGUCCCUCCUUACGUAGGAUUGGAGACGGGUUGCGAUUGCUGGAGCGUAGGGAGAAGUAUUAGAUACAUGUGCUGCAUUCUUUGUAUCCUGAAGGGCUAAACAAUGAAUUUAAUUAUUAUUUGUUCUUUCAGGUUAGAUCCUCGGAUUCCGAAGAGUUGGAGGUAAUUCAGCUUCGUUUUCAUUCCGCUGCUUUUCCUGCUAUUCAGCAUUUUAGCUUGCCGGUCAUAAUUUACGCUUUACCUCCUUAAGAGAUUGAUAUACUGCUUCAUCGAUGACACUUUGCUUAUGAAAUGCACGUGUUCUUCUCAGUGAUUCUAACUUUAUGUGUUAAUACUAUUUUCUGAUUUGCAUUUAAGGAUCUCGUUUGCUGUUUUGAGUUCUCCGUUUUUUAUUCUUUAUGGAUGGUUUGCAAGGUCGCCUUGUUUAAUAUUUCUUACUUCUCUCUUGCUUUAUAUAUGAGGAUGACUUAGAGCUAUAGAAGUCUGAUCUUAAAUCCAUUACACUCUUUUCCUUUAUAUUUUGGACAAUGUUUCAAAAUGGCUGGCUGAGUGUGAUUAGUGUUUGACUUCAGACCCAUUAUACUUGUUUGUUCUCUUUUCAUUAGAGUUUAGUUUUUAUUCUUUCACGCUUUUUCACUCUGUACUUUGGGAGAGCACUCCAGUAUGGAUCUUAUUGAGUGCAGUGUCUCUGUUUGUUAUGUGUGCAACAUCAUUAGCAAUGGAAACCAGGCUGAGGUGGCAUCCCCUAGAGGACGUGUUAUAAAUAUAGGAGAAAAUGUGAGCUUAAAGGGUCACUCCAGACCCCCUAAACAACUUCAGCUUGCUGAAAAGCUUUAUGUGUGAAGAGUGUCCUCUUUUUUUAAUUUAGUAAAAAGUGCAGGUUUCAAUAGAAAUUGACACUUUUAUAAAUCAACCUGGUUACGGCCCCUUGGCUUUGAAGAAGACAACAGGUAAUGUUACUUUCUGGCAUUGGCGUACACACAAUCCAUGGGGCCCCGGUGUGAAACUGAUCCGUGGGCCCCCUACCCCCCUCUUUCCCCCCAAUCCGUUCCCCCCCCAUACCCACCGACACAUACAUACAGACACACACACACAAACAUAUACAAAGACAGACACACACACAUACACCACCCGACAGACACAUACAUACAGACACACAAAUAUAUACACAGACAGACACAUACAUACACACACAUACAGAGACACAGACACAGACACACACACAUACAGAGAGACACACACAUACAUACAUACAUAGACACACACAUACAGAGACACACAGACACACAUACAGAGACACAAACAUACAGACACACACACAUACAUACAGAGACACAGACACACAUACAGAGACACAGACACAUACAGAGACACAGACACAUACAGAGACAUACAAAAUGUUUCCUACCUUGUGACUUUCCCUGGGGGCUCAGCCUCAAGGAAGUCAGAGUUCCCACUCUGACUCCCUCCUCCUCCUCCUCCUUCCUCUCGCGUGGGUCCUGAUAGCUGGGAGGAGUGACCGGGGAAUCACGUCCUCCCAGCUUGUGAUGUAAUCACUGUUAAAGCGCCCAGCGCUGACCGGGCCCCCUGAUAAUCCAUAUCCAUCGGGUGGCCCUGACAGCAUGGGUUUGCCGAGCGGGCCGGGGGCCGCAAAACGUGGCAGCUGGUACCCAGUCGCAGGGGUCCGCAGGGCGGCCGUGCCCCCUGGAGUGCCGGGCCCGGUCACAGCUGCGACCCCUGCGACCGCGGUAUGUACGCCGCUUCUUCCUGGUUUCGUUAGCUCAAUGCUGCUGACCUCAAGAGGCAGCAAUUGCCCAGAGCACCUGACUUAUAAAGACAUCUCAUUAAGCUGCAUUGGGAAGCCUGUGAUUGGACAACAAAGUCUGGGAGGGGUUAGAAGAGGAGGGUUUGCAGUCUCUACAGAUCUCUAUGUGAGACUCCGCUUGCAAAUAGAAACAUUAUAACAAAAUGGCUGCAUGCAAAGUUUAAGUAAGAUUUAAUGAAUGAAUACGCUCUUAAUAAAUACACUUAAUAAAUUACACUUCAUUGUAUUAUUAGGGGAAAGAAAUGUAAAUCUAGACUAAAAGUUUCUAUUGGGUAAAUUUACCGCUAAUUUACUCGUAGUGUUCCUUCAAAAAAUCCCAUCAAUGCUGUCAUAAAAUAAUGUGGUUUGUGUACAGGAAGGGGUGACAUUGAAGUGAAAAGGCAAAAUGAGCAAUGAAACUUAAACAUCCAUAAAGUAGGCAAGAAUUUAUCAGCCAAGCUCGGCAAACAUACUUUGUGAUACAUUCACGUUUUUAUUUGUGUGUGUUUCAGAGACUUCAAACAGCGGUCAAAAAGUCGCAAUAAAAGACCAGUUGACAAAGUAACAGAAAGAACUCUUCUUAUCUUGGCCGACGCUUUGGAUAAAAGGCACAGCCUGUUGGUGGACAAACCUGAAGAACUUCGACAACGAAAAAGGUUUCAAAAAGUUCCUCUGAUCAGUCCCAGCCUCGUGCAAAACCUCAUGGAUAAAUUGCAGACAGAGGAGGGUGAAAGUAUUGAGAUAUCAGAUUGGAAAAGCUAUAAUGAAAGUCUGAACACAAUUAACUUAUCGCCAAGUUUUUACAGACAAAAGGAGUAUUUAGGACCAGGAUCCCUUCCAGGGACACUGAUAUAUGAAGCAUCACAUGCUCUGGGAUAUGAAUACUUUGUAGCAUCCACAGAAUGUGACGCAGGAAACUCAGACAAGACGCACAAAAAUACCUCUCUAACGGCUUACGACAUUUGCUGUGCUUUUGAAAUUUGGAUGAACCACCAGGGUGAUUACAACGAUGGUGCCUACACCUGCUGUGGAGAGAUGUCCAGAGACUCUGUGUGUGAAGCAUCUGAGAUGAGCGUUCAUCUAACCUGAAGACAUUUUUUAAACUUCUGCAAAGAGAAAGCAAAAUCCUUGGCAGGGCACCAUCCCAAUCAAAUGGCGUAAUAAGGGCUGCCGAUGCAAUCAGGCAGUGUACCGUAAAGCUCUGCUGCUUUCAAUUUCUUUGAUGAUAAAUUAAAUUGUGAUCUACAUAUAUCUCUACCUUUUAUUUCCAGAUUCUAUGAGCACUCACUCCAUCUAUGAACAGAGACAUGAACCUCCCAUUACAUUGCAAGACAAGUUUUAACAUAAUACACAUUGGUAUGAAGUAAAUUAUACAUGUCUCUGGAACUCAACGUACAAUUCAACCAUGCAGUAUAUGUAACCCCAAGGCGUGCAAAAUACUAAGAAUAAUAAUACUUCAGAGGACCAGUCAAUAUUAAUGGAUAAGAGACAUGUUACAGUACCGGGUGGCAAAC